GCUUAGCUUGAUAGCGAUAAAGCCAGCGGACCACUCAUCCUUACCAACUAAAAUAUGUGACAAUACCGCGUACUGAAGGGAUACACAGAGCGUGUGUAACAUCGCUAGAUACACAUAGAUUUCACCCCAGUGGAGUGGAUUUUACUCCAUGGAGAACACGCCGGUUAUGUUUGUACGUUAAGGAAUUGUACUUGUACGGAAGUCAUGGAAGUGGUGAUACUACACGUCUCAUGAUAUGUCAAAAUGGGAUUUACAUUGCAGUCCAGAUAAUGGUUUGAUACAGGAUGCACCCACUGUUAACCCUGUGUAGUUUGGUACUGGGACUACUGGCCUUCAACACACGAGGGGUUAAUACUGCCGCCAACUCCACCACCUGGACCUUCAAUGGAGUGGCUCACCUCACAUUCAGGCCAGACUACCAAGAUGACCAGAGCAUUCAUCUCAAGUUAAGAUUUCGGACACGACAACCAAAUGGAUUAUUGUUUUACCAUUACCUGAAGAGUUACGAUGCCAAGAAAUUCCCGCUGUUAAAGAGCUACGAGUUGUUCGCUGAAAUACGUCAAGGAUAUGUGCGAGUUGGGAGUAACUUUAAUCAAUAUUCAGAUGUUGUUCCAAUUGGAUCAGCUCUCAACAAUGACAAAUGGCACCAGCUUGAAAUAUUUUUGGAUACCCGGUCAGGGGAGAUAACUGUGACCUUGGAUAACAAGAAGCAAGCAAAAAUCCUCGAAGCAUUCCAGAGAGGCGGGGCGAAAGAUCUACUGAAGUGGUCGGAAUUAGAUUCAGAGAUCACAUAUGGAGGAACUGAGGAACAGUCUGACAGUGAGUUUUUCUACUUUGUUGGCUGUUUAUCGGACAUACAGUACACCCGUGAGGAUGAUAUUCUUAUAGCCAUCCCGGUGGAUGAGUCCAAUAGCGCCACCGAGGGAUGCAGUGACCUGUGCAAGGGAGAUAACCAGUGCCUGAAUGGCGGAACAUGUGUCAAUCUGUACACCAGCACGCGAUGUGACUGUUUUGGGACUGAAUAUGAAGGGGAACGCUGUGAUAAGAAAGGUCCGACUGUGAUGACAUUCAGGGGCUAUGAGUGGGUCACCUACCAACUGUAUGAGAAGAAAGAAGAUAGAUUGGUGGCCGACAAAAUUCGAAUCUCGUUUGAGUUCAAGACUGAGCGUGGUUCGGGAGUGUUGUUGUACGCAGUUGGGGGCACCCCAUUCCACACCCACGUCACAGCGGCCAUCAACGUGGGAGUCCUCCAAGUCUCCAUCGCCAUCUCUGACACUGACCUCGAGUUUGCCAUGGGAUUGGGGCUCGACAAUGGCAGAUCGAAAAGGUGGCACAACGUGACAAUCAGCCAUUCCAAGCGAGAUGUGGAGGUGUAUCUGGAUGGGGAAAGACAUCACAAGCUCAUCAACGGAAGCCAGUAUUUCAUGACACUCGAUCCUAAGGUCUACUUUGGAGGUGGACACAACUUCGUGGAAACCAGAGGUCUCCAGGUGACGCAGACAUUUGUGGGAUGUUUGAGGAACGUCUACUUCAACGACUUCUCAGUCCUCCACGGCCUCCGGACCACAAACUCUCAGUGUGCAUACCAUGGUGGCUCCACCCCGGAAUUUAAAUGUGACCCGACCCAAGAGAUUCCUUUCACCUUCCCCAGGUCGUCGUCGAUGUUGCGACACAACACUCGUAUGCUGCAGAAUUUGACAGUGUCGUUACAUUUCAAGACAGUCAGGAAGAAUGCAUUGUUGUUCUACGUGGCACUGAUUUCAAAGAGGGAUGGUGGCGCUUAUGACUUUGGUUUCAUCGAGGUGUGGGUGAAGAAUGGCCUGCCCCUCCUGUACUUCUCCCCCUCCAAUGACCCCACCCUCACCCAGAACCUCACCCUCCCAGCUCAGGUCAACAAUGAACAGUGGCACUCCCUCAAGCUCACCCUCAAAAACAACAAAGUCAAGAUCAAUGUGGAUGAGACAACACGGACCACUACCCGAUAUACUCAGACGCUACGACAGCGUGGCAAAAUUGUGCUUGGGUAUGGACUCCGACGAUACAAAAAUUCUGAAGGGUUUGUGGGCUGUAUGAAAGCCAUCAAGAUUCAAGGUGAGAAGAUUGACCCCAUCACCACCAUCGACUCCAGCGCUGCUGUCGGCAUCAAGCUGGACGGCUGCCACCUAAUCAACUACUGCGCUGCUGACAAGAUCUGCGAACACAACAGCGAGUGUCUGUCUGACUGGGAUGGAGUACAGUGUGACUGUCCCAAACACUAUGAGGGGAAGGCUUGUCACUUCUCCAAAUAUCCAAGAACAUGUGACUCUUACUUCCAAUCUGGUCGCAACACGUCUGGUGUGUACCUCAUUGACCUUGAUGGCAGUGGUAACCUUGACCCUGUGUACGUCCAGUGUCACAUGAACAAGAUGCACAAAAACUACAUGUACGGAGAAACAGUGAUUGACCACAACUUCCGUGUCAACACCACUGUGAGGGGGAGCAAAAUGAAUGACGUCCGCUUCCAUCUUGAUUACAGACGCCAGUCGCCACUGAAGCCAGGGAUAAAGACUUGGUUCAAGGCGGCAAACGGAGAGAUUGUGGACUACCUAGGCAACCAGAAGUCUGGUUACUGUGAGUGUGAGGGCAGGGACACGUGCGAUGGACAGAAGUGUAUCUGUGAUCAAGCUUCUGAUGUGUGGAGGGAAGAUGUUGGUUUCAACGGAGUCAAGAGUCAGCUGCCAUUGGUGGACAUCACUAUCCUCCAGAAUGAGAUGGAGUACCUUCAAGGGGAGGCAACUCUCUCUCUUGGACCUCUGCGCUGCUGGGGAAAUGGAACCAGCCCCUGGACCAAGCAGUCACCAUCACUCAGGAGAACAGCUUCAUCACGGCAGCGGCCGUGGGUUCGUGGUGAUCUCUACCUCAGCUUCAAGACGCACCAGACAACAGCACUGCUCAUCUACCAGAACUACACAGACACCAAUGCCAACAGAUUCUUGAUCAAGAUUGUAGAUUCUCACCAGGUGGCGUUCUACUUCAACAUCAACGGUCACCACAUCUCCCACUCCCUCUACACAGCAAGUGCCCUGGACGGUGAUGACUGGCAUACCGUCGGUAUUGAGAGAGACCCCUACAACAUCCGCCUGAGCUUGAUGGGAAGAGACAGCUCGUGGAGCUGCCAGACCCCCUCCAGCAGCAAGAUGCCCUGUUUGGUGGGAUGCUUAUGGUUGGGGAUACCAGAAAGGCUGGCGGAGAAGACAGGGGAGAGAACUCCUGGUUUUACUGGCUGUAUCCGAGGUUUUCUGUACAAUGGGAAGUUCCAGGACUUGGAGAAAGCUAUGGAUGCAACUAUGGGUGGCGUGUCCCGAGGGUGUAUGUCGUCCUGCUGGCCCAACCCAUGUGAUAACAGCGGGACGUGCGUCGAGUCCUGGGGCUCAUACACAUGCAAGUGCAAGGAGACAUGGUCCCAUCACGGCAUCAACUGUGAGAUCGACAUCAACCGUGACGCAGUGACCCUCAGCGGGAACGCAGCUGACAACUCCUUCCUCUUCUACAACAUGACUUCCCACCCGGAGAUCCUGAUGGACACCAUCAUCCUGAGUUUCCGGACGUUCCAGUCUGAUGCCCUGCUCCUGUAUGCCCAUGACCACCUAAAUAACUUCGUCCAGCUCAAGUUGACGGGCGGCAACACCAUCACCAUCACCUUCAACUCCUACAAGAACAUCAUCAGCGACUCCAUCACACUGAAAAAUGAGGUGCUGAAUGAUGGUCAGUGGCAGCAGGUGAUAGCAGAACACUUCUACAACUUCACCCGGCUGCAUGUCCACAGCGAGACCAAGGUCAUCCAGGUUAAACGCUACAGACUGGACAAAUAUGCUCGUCGGCCAUUUGACAGAUCAGAGAAAGAGGAUGUUUUAAUGGGCCGCCCCAUGACAGAACCAGCACCUUUUGUCAACCUGUACGUGGGCGGUGUCAUGGAUGGCGUGACCUUCAUCCCAUCCCUCAAGGGAUGUAUCCGGGGACUCAAGAUCGCAGACAAUAUCAUCAACUUGGGAGAGAAGGCUCGCGAGAAAGGAAAUUAUUCAGUUGUGCAUCCCGAGUGUGAGGCUGGUUGUUACGAGAAGACCUGCUACGAGGGCUAUUGUGACGAGCACUGGAAGGAUGCUGAGUUCAAAUGUGACUGCAGCGAGACACAGUACACAGGAACACACUGUGAACUGGAGCCGUGUGCCGGAGUUGAGGGAAACACUGUCGUGCAGUACGGAUUUACUUUGGAGGAAGCCAAUCAGCAUACUCGUCAAGAGCAAGUGUCCUUGACCUUCAAGACAACAGCGAGGAUGAACGGUGGUGAUCAGCAGGCUGCAUUGGCCAUGGUCUUGGUGCAGAGUUCUGUGACAAAAGACUAUGUUUUGGUGUGGUAUGAACCAGGCUCCUCACAAAGAGGCUCCAUCGUCAUAGAAACCAACCAGGCUUUUGGAGUGUAUCGGAUGAAGGUAUCUGGAAACUUCGCUAAUGGACAACCACACAGGAUGACCUACAAACGGAGUGGUCCGGAAACGGUUUUGACCGUGACACCACUAGACAAAUAUGGAUAUGAAAUAAUUGAUGGGGAGAGAAAUGCUAAGUUUGAUUUCCCCGACUUUAAUUUGGAUAAAAUCGACAGGAUUUACAUAGGAGGAGUAGUGGACACAGAGGACCUGUCGUCUGUCAGUAACAGACUCAUCAAUUUCACCGGCACCAUCUCAAAUGUGGUGUUCAUGCCGAGGUUUGAUGGAGUUGAGAAGGUGGUUCCCCUCAAGGCAAUGCUGAAUCCCCAGGACGGGGGUGUGGAGGUCCUAGGUGACCCGGUACUGGAGUGCUCCAUGUUGCGUCUCUCCCAGACCUACGUCCCCCCUGUCCCAGCUGUCACUCAGCCUACUGUCAAGCCAUAUGAGAUCCUGACAAUGCCUCCAUGGGAUGUUGGGAGAGCAAGCAUGGAGAUUAUUGGUCGGCGUUCUGGCGUCACCACGAAGCCAGUGACAACUACAACUACAUCUCCACCAAUAACCAACCUCACCGCGCCAGUCAUACAAGGGGGUAUGGCGGAUGAUCUCACCGUUGCCAUUGCAGUGUCCAUCAUCGCUGCCCUCCUCACCAUCGCAGUCAUCAUCGCGUUCCUGCUGUGUCGCCAGCGGAAACGGCAAGAGUACGACAUCAAGAAGGAGCAUGACUUUGAGAUGAAACAACCCCUGAACCACAACCACUUCACUCCUAGUCCAGUACCUGCGGACCAUCUGGCCAAGCUGGAUGAGUUCAGCAUGGUGUCGGCCACACUCGGACCAAGACCUCCUAAACGUGUCCCCCCACCAGAAGUUCCUAACCGGUUCAGUCAGGGCAGUUUUCCUCUAAUGGACGAGGAAUUUCCCAACGUCAUCUACAGCCGCAAGAAGAAACGUCCUGCAUCUUCCAUCUCCGAGGUGUUGGAGGAGAUGGAGAGGAGACAAAAGGCUAAAGAACAGGGAUUGGAUCCAGACGCAGAAUCCCCGGUCAAAUUGGAAAACCGUAACCAUGGCGAAGGGGAACUAGACUGGGACCCCACGGCUGAUACCACCCCUCUGACCUGUGGAGAUAUUACGUUUUUCAACUCCCCCCUUUUGUUGAGCAUUCCCGAUGAAAAUGAGGAGCUGCAGGAAAGUAGUACUUCCCCCAGUAGUUGUGCAGAGAAACAAGAUGAAGUAGAUGAGGAUGGUGAAAAGUCCCCUGACGAUUCAACACAUCAGAACAGUACGGAAUAUAACGGAGACAGCGGUUAUGAAGCUGAAUCUCGACCUGAAAAUACAGAGGAGGAUGCCACACCCGACUCAACUGUAGACAUCCAUACCCCACCUAAGAUGUAUAUGUAUGACUUGACCAAUCUGGACUUACAGGACUCCCCUAGUCUCAAUGAUCCUAGUCGACGACUUCUCACGGCAGAGAUUGAGACAUGAUGUCUCUUCAUGUCUUUCGUUCUCACAAAUCAAACUCCAGUGUCUUGUGUGAUUAUCUUAUGUAGAAACUGGCGUGAGAUCAAGACGAUGUCAUUUCAGGCUCUUACAAAGGAAGUAGAAGCAUCCGAGUGACCUUGGGUUUAAGACAUUUGGACAAUAUAUUCACUGGUCUUUAGUUCUCAGCGAUCAAUGUCAGAAGAUAUCGUGUUUGUUACAGAUUGAGUCAGAGUAAAACAUCAAUUUAGGUCUGUAAGUCCUUGAUGUAGGACAGUCAUCGUGAGUCAUAAAUCUCAAACUGAACAAGACGCGAAGAACUGUGAUGUUGUCGCAGCACUCGGGAGACUGAAACUGAGACAUCUUGUGAACUCUCUAAUCAUUCCAUUCUCGGUGGUUCAGUCGUUACUUUAACAUCUGUUGUAUCUCGGACAGAUAAGAUACGAACUUAGAUGAGGCGUGUGAGAAACAAAAUAUCAACAUGAUUGAGAAUAUUGCUUCCUUCUCGAUUCAGGAUACAUACUGUCUGAUGUGCUGGAAGUCAUUGAACAGACCAUCAAUGAGUUUGACAAUCAUCUUGAUUGCAGGGCUGGAGAGACCUUGUUACAGUUUCAAUUAACUUGACUUCACAUCAAGAAGAUCUGUAUUUGUUCGUAUCAAACAGCUCUUGGGGAAGUCUUUUAUAGUGUGGUGCCAAAGAAUAAGGUUUGAAACUUUUGGUAUUUGCCCUGAAAACAGGAUGUGAGACAUUUGGGGUUAAAGUGAUGUGUUGAUGCAUCAAGAUUUAAUGAAUGUACUGUGUUUAGUACAUCAAAUGUUCAUAUUUUGUAUUAGCACAUAAUGAUGAAUGUGUGAUGAUUGAGACAGUGGUUGAGUAAGAUAACAAGAACAAAAAUGCACUUGUGAUGUGCUAAUGCAUCUACCAGGUACUAAGGGAGGUAACUGAUCUGGUUUUCAAAAAAGGAGGCCAGUAAUAUGAUGAAGCCUUGGCAUCAGCGGAACAGGAAGUGAGUGAAUUCAUUCUUCAGAUGCAUUCAAAUAAAGGACACCUGAGUAAAGAAUAAUAUUAAUAAAAUCCCUUGCAAGGGAUGAACCAUGAUUGUCUUAAGGUGGAUCUUAUGUGCUGAAAUAUGCUUUCAGAAUACAAAAUUCUGGUUUGAUAAUAUUACAGUUUGGUAAAUAUUCCGGGAGAUGUCAAGACGAGAAUGAGCAACUUUGAAAAUUAUCAAAUUGUACUGGGAAUAAAAUGAUCAGUAUCAUCCAGGAAAAUAAUUCUGAUAGAAGUAGUCAUUUAUAAAGUAGGACCAUAUUGACAGGAUAGUGUUAGAUGUGUAUACAGUUAUGAAUGUGCAUGAACAAGGAUAUUUAUAACUUUGCCUGUGGAAGAUGAACGGUGACAAGCCACGGACAUGGAGACCAUUAUGUACCCAGACAAGGACGUGAGGGGCCAGUGUGGACAGAAGCAAGUGGCUCCAAGAUGGCUGCCCAAGCAAUACUAGAUAUGUCAUGUCUGCCAUCUUUGUUUCUGUGUGUGUCAAUGAGAUUGACUGUUUUGUUUCAGCUUACUUGCCAGUUACUCAGUCUCUUGUUACCUCAAUAUUUUAACGAGUUUUUGUGGAUCACUUUGUUCUUUAAAGUGGAAGUGUUAUUGUCAUGGCGUUCAUUGUUAACAUAUGUUAUACUUGUGCAUGAUGUGUUAAUGGUUUUAUGAUAUUCAGUUCUGUGUCAUUUAUCUGUCUACAUUGAUCAUGUUUUCAUACAAUCCAUACAAAGUUGUAUUAGUUCUCCACUUCAUUAACAUAUUCAGGUUGUAUGUGUUAGGCUUGCCCUUCGUAGUGCGUGUUUUUCUGCUGGCAUAUACACGUCAGGCUUGUGUUUUCUCGAGGUAGGAUUGGAGUUACAAGGGUUGGAAGAGUUUUCAGAUGUCUAGUUGGAAAGAGGAUUCCCAGGAGCAUACAUUAAAAUCACUGGAUGUUCCUACCUGCAUAUUUUCCCAUCCUCUUUGGCGAGGAUACGGUGAAGGAUUUGUGAAAGCAGAGGGCAGAUAACUCUCAGUUCAGGAACAUGUUGAUAGUAGAGUGUAUCUUGUCGAUAGAAAAGUCAUCUUGUGUCAUCAAUAUAUAUUCAUUACAAAAAUGUAGGUAAACAUGACUUUCACAUUUUUGGUCAUUUGACACUGGGCCUUUUCUGUUCUUACAGCUGAAU